AUGCUAAGAACUGUCACAUCAAGCUUCGCCAAUAGUGGCAGAACAAUCAGGAGAACAGCCGUGAGAAUGUCGUCUACCAAGUUCAAUCUAUCUUCGAAAGAAACCGUUGCUUACGAGCACAAGUAUUCUGCCAACAACUACCAUCCAUUGCCGGUCGUCUUCCACAAGGCUCAAGGUGCACAUGUGUGGGAUCCAGAGGGCAGGGAAUACCUCGAUUUUCUAUCGGCGUAUUCAGCUGUGAACCAGGGCCAUUGCCAUCCGGACAUUGUCAAGGCGCUCGUUGAGCAAGCGUCCGUGUUGACACUCUCUUCGAGGGCUUUUUCCAGUGACAUGUUUGCGGCGUUUGCUAAGUACGUUACAGAGUACUUUGGUUACGAAAAGGUGUUGCCAAUGAACACAGGUGCAGAAGCUGUUGAGACUGCACUAAAAAUCGCCAGAAGAUGGGGUUACGAGGUCAAAAAAAUUCCUGAAAAUGAAGCUAUCAUUCUGGGUGCUGAAGGUAACUUCCACGGCAGAACGUUUGGUGCGAUUUCACUUUCAACUGAUGAAGAGGACUCGAGGAAGAAUUUUGGUCCUUUCUUGAAAAACACAACUGCGCAAAACCCAAAGACGUCUCAUCCAAUUCGUUACGGUGUUAUUGAAGAUAUCGAAUCAGUAUUCAGCAGUCACGGUGACAAAAUUGCUGCCUUGAUCCUAGAGCCAAUCCAAGGUGAGGCUGGUAUUGUUGUUCCACCAAAGGACUACUUGGGACAAGUGCAAAAAUUGUGUCGUGAACACAACAUCCUAUUUAUUUGUGACGAAAUCCAAACAGGUAUUGGUCGUACCGGUAAAAUGUUGUGCUACGAACAUUCUGAAGGUGUUAAGCCAGAUCUCGUUCUUCUUGGUAAAGCAAUCUCUGGUGGUGUUUUGCCAGUUUCCUGCGUUUUGUCAUCUGAGAAAAUCAUGUCCUGCCUAGCUCCAGGCUCUCACGGUUCUACCUAUGGUGGUAAUCCUUUAGCAUCUCGUGUUGCUAUUGAGGCACUAGAAGUGGUUAAACGUGAAAAUUUGGUACAAAAAGCUGACAGUCUAGGUAAAUUAUUGCAAAAUGAAUUGACUAAAUUACAAGAAGAGUCAGAUGGUGCCAUCUCAGAAGUUCGUGGUCGCGGUCUGUUAACUGCAAUUGUUAUCGAUCCAAAAAUGGCCAAUGGACGUACCGCUUGGGAUCUUUGUCUAUUGAUGAAAGAUCACGGUGUUUUGGCAAAGCCAACUCACGAUCAUAUUAUCAGAUUGGCUCCACCACUUGUUAUCUCUGAGGAAGAUCUGCUAAAAGGUGUCGAUGCUAUAAGGCAGAGUUUGAAAAAACUUCCAACUGCUCCAAUUAGCAAACAUUAG